GAAACUUGGAGUGGACACCAGGAGACCACAAAGAAGUUAGACAAGGGAGGAAUCACAGGAAACGGGAAGCCUCAUUCUGAGAAUGAAAUUGACCUUCUAGACAUUGCUCUGAAGAAGCCAAUCAGAAGACAGAAAAGAAUCUGACAGGGGUUCCACAGCACUGGACCAGAGGAGAACCAGGUAGAAGAAACCCCUGAACUUGCCAAAGGAGAAUGACCCCAGACUGGCACAGUUCCUUGAUCCUCACGGCCUACAUUCUCAUCUUUCUUACUGGGCUCCCUGCCAACCUGCUGGCCCUGCGGGCCUUCAUGGGCCGGGUUCGCCAGCCUCAGCCUGCCCCUGUGCACAUCCUCCUGCUUAAUCUGACCCUGGCGGACUUGCUCCUGUUGCUGCUGCUGCCCUUCCGGAUCGUGGAAGCAGCAUCCAACUUCCGCUGGUACCUACCAAAGAUCGUGUGCGCGCUCACGGGCUUCGGCUUCUACAGCAGCAUCUACUGCAGCACGUGGCUGCUGGCCGGCAUCAGCAUGGAACGCUACCUGGGAGUGGCCUUCCCGGUGCAGUACAAGCUAUCCCGCCGGCCACUGUAUGGAGUGAUCGCUGCUCUGGUGGCCUGGAUCAUGUCCUUUGGCCACUGCACCAUCGUCAUCAUCGUUCAGUACCUGAACUCAACCGAGCAGGUGGGCACUGAGAACCAAAUAACCUGCUACGAGAACUUCACCCAAGAGCAGCUGGAUGUGGUACUGCCCGUACGACUGGAGCUGUGCCUGGUCCUGUUUUUCGUUCCCAUGGCAGUCACCAUCUUCUGUUAUUGGCGCUUCGUGUGGAUCAUGCUCACGCAGCCCCACGUUGGGGCUCAGAGGCGACGCCGGGCGGUGGGCCUGGCUGUGGUGACGCUUCUUAAUUUCCUGGUGUGCUUUGGACCCUACAACAUGUCCCACCUGGUGGGGUUCUACCUGAGGCAGAGCCCCUCGUGGAGGGUGGAGGCUGUGGUGUUCAGCUCCCUCAAUGCCAGCCUGGAUCCAUUAUUGUUCUACUUCUCCUCCUCCGUGGUGCGCAGAGCUUUUGGGAAAGGUUUGCUACUGCUCCGCAAUCCUGCCUCCUCUAUGCUGGGCAGGGGAGCCAAAGAGACAGUGGAGGGGACCAAGAUGGACAGGGGUGGAAGCCAAGCAGAAGGGGUACAGAGUUCUGACUUUGUCACCGAGUAGAGAGUCCCCCGGAUCUUCCCGAGCAUCUGGGUCACCCAGAAGUUGGUCUGGUUAGCAGAGCUCCUGAGACUUGGUAAAAGAUAAAAGAUUUAGAAAGAAAGAAAGAAAGAAAGAAAGAAAGAAAGAAAGAAAGAAAGAAAGAAAGAAAGAAAGAAAGAAAGAAAGAAAGGCACCCACACACACACCCAUCUGCACUGCCCUCUCAGCUCAGCAGAACCACUUGACUGAAUUUUCCUGCCCAGAGAAGAAUAGCUCCAGGAUACAAGAAGGAAUGGCUACACCCCUACACUGUAUUUUCACAGUGGGGUCAGGGGCUCAGAAGCAAGGUGACUAAUAGGAGUGCAGUAAUAAAAGUAAUUUUUUCCUCAAGCUUGGAAAUGCCACCUAGAGACAGUGAUCUGGCUGGUGAUGCUGGAAGGAAGCCAAUGGAAAAGAUGGGGGGAGAUGGUGGGAAGAAGAGGAAUGCCGGGAAAGCUCUAAGCCACAGCCUUGCGGGCAGGGGCUGAGGGCGGGCAACACACAGGGCUCCCAUCUCUGGCGAUCUUGGCCUUUCUAUAUCCGAUUGAGCUGUCCUUUGUACAUGUGCUCUGCUGAUUUUCAUAUUUCGGUCUUGUCUCCACUGUUAUGCUGGGAUCUGGGUCACAUGUUUAUCCUCUGUGUCACCAGUCACUGGGUCUAGGAGAUGUCUUGGUACCCGUCUGCCUGACAUUGACAAUGACCUGAGUGGAAGGAUUAAAAAGAAGAUCUGGUUUGGCAGGUAAAAAUAAAGAUUAUGAAAGUC